AUGCAGACCACAGGCCCCUCCAGGACCUCCAGGACCUCGUCCGUUAGGGAAGAAGACGGCAUUCAUCAUGGCUAUAACUAUGCGGCUGUUCCCCCUGAAGAUGAGGGCAUGCCAGCUGGCGACGAGGAGCCCCGAUACAGCGUCGAUCUUGACUCGGAACAUCACGUUCUCUUAAAGCAGCAUCUGAAGCAAUUCAGUAGGAACAGCAAGCACAGGACGUGGAUAUUCAUAAUGGGUGCUUUGGCUGUUGUCCUGUUUCUCUACUUGGCCAUCGCGGACCACGCGAUCUCGCAUGUCAAAGCACAAUGCGAUAGCAUUGAUGGUUUCACGUGCCAGCCUGAGAUAUCUCGAUUCUGGGGCCAGAACUCUCCUUACUACGCGGUACCAUCAGAAAUCGCUACAGAAGUACCUGAGCAUUGCACAAUCACUUUCGCUCAAAUGCUCUCCCGUCACGGUGCUCGAGAUCCUACCGAGGGCAAAACCAACCAGUAUCAAGACCUGAUCACCCAGAUCCACACCAAAGCAACUUCCUACAACGGAAGCUUUGCCUUCAUCAAGGACUAUAACUACACUCUCGGUGCUGACCAGCUCACUUUAUUUGGCCAGAACGAAAUGGUGAACUCAGGCACCAAGUUUUACAACAGAUACAAGACUCUCACCAAGGCCAUCGCCCCUUUCAUCCGAGCUUCAAAUCAAACACGAGUCGUUGAAUCCGCCACGAACUGGACCCAAGGCUUCCACACAGCCCGCCUCCACGACCCCAGCGCCACAAUCAAUGGAAGCUUCCCCUUCCCCAUCAUGCUCAUCAGCGAAGAGGCCGGUAAGAACAACACGCUUGACCACGGCCUCUGCACCAGCUUCGAAGACGGCGUCUUCAGCUCCAUCGGCGAAGACGCCCAGGAAGAAUGGCAAGCCAUUUUCACACCCCCCAUCACCGCCCGCCUGAACGAGAACCUCCCCGGCGCGAACCUGACCGACGACGACACGAUCUUGAUGAUGGAUCUCUGCCCCUUCAACACCGUCGCCGACGAUGCCGGCACUCUCUCCCCCUUCUGCAGCCUCUUCACCGUCGCCGAGUGGCAGUCUUACGAUUACUGGCAAAGCGUGGGGAAGUACUACCGCUAUUCCAAUGGUAACCCGCUGGGUCCGACCCAAGGCGUGGGCUUCACUAACGAGCUCAUUGCGCGAUUGGCGAGCUCGCCGGUCGUGGACCACACGAGCACGAAUUCCACGAUGACGGGCUCGAACGCCACCUUCCCGCUGGGUGCGAUCCUUUAUGCAGAUUUCAGUCAUGACAACGACAUGAUGACUAUUUUCUCCGCCAUUGGGCUGUUCAAUUCUACACCCCCGCUGCUGAACACGACGUUCAUGAGCCUCAAUGAGACGAAUGGAUACCAAGCCAGUCGCAUCGUGCCGUUCAGUGCGAGAGCGUACUUUGAGAAGAUGAGGUGUGCGGGACAGCCGGAGGAAAUGGUCAGGGUGGUCGUUAACGACCGCGUGAUGCCGCUUGAGACUUGCGGCGGCGAUGAGCUGGGCAGAUGCACGCUGGGUGCGUUUGUGGAUAGUCUGACGUUUGCGCGGGCAGGUGGCCUCUGGGAUAGCUGCUUUACAUAG